AUGAUACCCCUCCUCCUCCGCCCGACCACUUCCGCCCGCCCUCGCAUCAUCCACACCAUCUCCAAAACCCUCCUACUGUCAACCGCCCCACGAGCCACGAUGUCGUCAUCAUCCUCGGCCCCCACACUGGACUGGAACGCCGCCAACUACCUGCGCUUCGCCGACGAGCGCACGCGGCCCGCCCGCGACCUGCUCGCCGCCAUCCCGCCUCUCCCCUCUUCUUCUUCUUCUUCUUCUUCUUCUUCUUCUUCUUCUUCUUCCUCGCGCAUCAUCGACCUCGGCUGCGGCCCGGCCAACUCUACCGCGCUCCUCGCCGAGCGCUACGGCACCGGCGCCGGCGGCGCGCGCAUCACCGGCGUCGACUCCAGCCCGAACAUGCUCGAGAAAGCGCGCAAAGUGCUGCCCAGCGCCACCUUCGUCGAGGGCGACCUGCGCACGUACGAGCCCGCUGCCGACGACGGGCCCGUCGAUUUGUUUUUUACUAACGCGGCGCUGCACUGGCUGCCCGACGCCGAAUUGCUGCCGGCGAUCAAGCGCUGGGUCGGCGGCCAUCUGAAGAGUAGUGGUGGGGUUUUUGCCAUGCAGGUCCCGGACAACGUGCGCGAGCCGAGCCACAUGCUGAUGGCGGAGACGGCGAAGGAGCUGGGGGUGGCGGAGGUCGGGAGGUCGCCGUUCCCGGAGCCGAGGGUGUUGGUGGAGGAGUUGCUGCCGCUUUGUGAGCGGGUGGAUGUGUGGCAUACGGUGUAUAAUCAUCGGUUGGAGAAGGGGGCGGAGGGGGUGUUGGAUUGGUUUAGGGAGAGUGGGCUUAGGCCGUAUUUGGAGGGUUUGGAGGAGGGGGAGGAGCGGAAGAGGUUUGAGCGGGUGUAUUUGGAGAAGGUGAGGGAGGCGUAUCCGCCGUUGAAGGAUGGGAGUGUGUUAUUGAGGUUUCCGAGGCUGUUUUUGGUUUGUGUGAAGAAGUAG